AUUCUUACCAAAAUUAAAAAUCAGACUGCCUCCUGGCAAAAUUCUUCACAACGAUUAAAAGCUGUGGCUUUACGCUACAUCUCGCAAAUCAUGUGUGUUCAUGUACUUUAUAAGAUAUCAAUUCAAAUGCGAAUAUAUAGUACUCAUACUAUUUUUCUUUUCAGGUGUUGCAUAUUUCAAUGCAAAGGAGGGAUGUGCAAAGUGCACCUGCGAGGGAGAAUUCAAUGACGAAGGCAGAUGUACCAUUUUUAAGGAUACAAAUGCACCACUGAGAACGGAUCGUAACUUUCGUCGUAAGGUGUACGGAAAACAUCACAGGGAAGUAUCGCCUCUUCUAGGCUUGAAGAAUUUCGAUAUUAUUGAUGAUGUCAUAGUUGGUGACAAUCUUCAUUUAAUCGAUUUGGGGAUAAUGCGUAGAUUACUAUUAGGUUGGAGAGAUGGAAAACUAGGUCUUAGAACUAAAUGGUUUGCUAAACAGAUUGAAGAAAUAUCUAAAAAAAUUAUAAAAGUUAAACUGCCCAAAGAAAUCCAUCGAAAACUUGGUCCACUAGAAGACCUCAAAUUUUGGAAAGGUACCCAAUUCCAUAGUUUUUUUAACUAUCUUAGCAUUUAUAUUUUGAAAGAUAAUUUGCCUGAUAAAGAAUAUGAGCACUUCAAACUCUUGUUUUGUGCCAUAGUUUUGCUAUCUUCUGAAGUUUAUCGUUCUAAUUGGAAAAUCGCUGGUGAAAUGCUUAAGGUUUAUGUUGAAGAUUUCGGUAAACUGUACGGAGAGAAAUUUUUAACCAGUAAUGUGCACAACUUAAUUCACAUCUCAAAAGAAGUACAAAAGUUCGGUCCUUUACCUUCAAUUUCCACCUAUGAUUUUGAAAAUGCUCUGGGAGGUUUAAAAAAACAUCUUCGCAAAGCAGAUCAGCAUCUUCAACAAAUAGUAAAUAGACUAUCGGAAUUGGAAGCAUUUAGUCAUGAUUUACGUUCUAUGAAUCAUAAAGAAUUUUGCAUAUCAACCAAAACCAAACCAAAUGGGGAUACCAUCUUGCAAAUGAAAAAUUUUAUACUUUGUAAAGAUAACGGAAACGAAUGGUACAUGACAAAAGAUAAUAAGAUUGUCAAAUACACAAAGUCUUCAGAACAAAACAACAAAAAGAUAAGUAUAUUUGGACAAGAAAUAACCGACAAGACAGAUUAUUUUUUAUCACCAUUUCCAUCAAGAAUUAUAAACAUUUUUCUUGGCGAUCUUAAGAGCUUAAAUCCUAACGAACUAGUUUGUCAUCCUGGCGAUAUUAAAUGCAAAUUAGUUGCGUAUAGUGUAGAUAAUAGUUCUGAAUAUUUGUUUAUUCCAUUGUUGCACACGUUAACCUAAGUUUAAUUUCACGUAUUGAAAUAGAAAAUGUUAGAGCUAGAUUUAUGUAGUAAGUAAGGCAAAUAAAUGAAAGGUUUUAUGUUUCUUAAAUGUAGGCAAGAAUUUAUAUUAAUUUUCUUUUACGGCUAGUUGAUUUGCGUAGACCUUUGGCCUUAGAUCGUUCUAAUGCGUGUUUUAAUCUAUUCAUGAAGAAACCUCGCACCGUUUCAUCUGUGACUGGCACAAGGUUAGUACUUCCUACGCAUUUAAAAAGAUUUACUACAUUUUUAAAUGAAUGCAUUGCUAUUUUAGUUCCUGAUUUAGAAAUACCUGUCCAUGUGCACUUUGUUAAGAAACUCCUAUCGAAAAGGGCAUCAAGGGUUGCUAACAUUCUGUUGUUUAUAUCUUUAUCAAUAAUUUUUUGUUUCAAUAAGCUUACUACUUGGGUAUAAUAUUCUUCCUCAUCUAAAUCAUUUUCAAAUUUUUCCAGAUCUUCGGCAUUGUCUACGAAUGGAUGGUCAAAACCAGUAAGAUUAGUAGUACUUACUUCGGUAUGAUUAAGUAAAGUAUUUAAUUGUACUUCGAUUAUGCCGAUACGACUCACUAUUUUCUUUUGUUCUUUUAAAAUCUGCUUUUGCUCAUUACGAAGCUCUAUCAUCAUAUUAGUUUGGGCUUCUAGUAUUUCUUUUAUCGUCUUGUCACGUGAAACUUCUUCUGGGACUACCUCAACUGAACCAACAUAUUCAUCCACUUCUGACAAACUUGGUGUAAGAGGCGACGUAGGUGGUGAGGAGAUGUCGAUUUCAUUCUCGACGCGGAUUGGAGUUAAAGAGUUUUCCACAAUUCUUGUUGAAAACAUAUCAGCGUAUGAAGUUGUUUCUCUGCAACUAGCUAAUAUCGGUUCCUUUCCGGAAUCUGUAGAUGAUUCGCCGGACAUGAUCAUUAUAGUGCAAUCAGCAGCUUCGUAUGAUAAUCCUUGCCGCUUAAUCUGACACUCCUGUUUCGUCCAUCCUUCUUCCGGAACACUAUUAUCAUUCGUAAUUAGAUGUUGUAUGUUUCCUUUAACGUUUGGCCAAAACAGAUAUGUUUUUUUAUGGCUAGUGCCUUGAACCCAGGAAUCAGGAACAAUGCUUAAUUCAGCGUACCCUUUAGGCCCACGGGUUUGCACUAUUGAGAAUGGCAUAGUUAGAUAUUGCUGUAAACAAAUAGAAAUGCUUUUAAUACAUUAGAAAAUCAGUACUGUACUCAUGUACUACUCACUUUCUUCUCACGGAUACGGAAAACACGUACAAACUCUUUGAACUAAAAGAUUUUUUAUUAUUUACUGCUUUUUAAUUACAGUGCUUCGCCAGUAAGUUGUGGCAAUAGCCCAAUGCAAUAGCCAGCAUUCGGAACACAAUACUCGAUUGAAACAAAAAACUAGAACCUUCCAGUUUGCAGUCUGAUGAAUUUAUGAGGAAUUUUCAAACCCAACACAAUACUCAUUUGUAUUGUAUUUUCAUUCGGCGGAUAUGUUUUUGGCGCGUGUACGGAAAGAGAUAAAAAACAUUGAGUUGUCAAGCAAAACUAAACGAAAAAAAUAAACAACGAAAUUUUUUUAACGAAUCAUCCAAACUUUCAAUUUUUUUCGAAUUAUUUCAUUUAAACAAAAUGAACCAUGAAAAGAGUCUGAAAUGUUUCAUUACCAUAAAUUAAAUAUUUCAUAUUAUGGUACUUUUUUCUAUAAUUAUGGCUUAAUAAUUUUCACAAACCAAGUCUUAUUAUUACUGCUAUAAGUAUAUCUUUAAGUCACUAUAUAAGACGUCGUAAAUCGGUUCUGAUAUGAGUCUGUUAUCAUGAUUUGGCUAUUUGGGAAUAGGAAAGAAAUCUUUAGAUACUCUUAUAUUUCUAGACAUAAAUUUCAUGAGUACCCGAGGAUUCUUGAUUUUUUUAGAAGUUCAAGAAUUUUCAGAGAUCAAUUAAUGAAUGAAUGUCAUGAAUCUUUGAAAAUUCAUAAAUGGGGCCCUUCACGAUUCUAGUCAGUUUUUUGUAUGGAGUUUGACAGUUGGAGGCUGAAAUCAUGUAAACACUCCAUACAAAACCACACAAAAAACUAGCUUGCAAUUUUCAGUCUAGAUUAUUCUAGCCUCAAAGCUAGAAUUAGAUUCGAGUACCUGCUCGAAAACACGGUGUUGUUUACAUUUACCCCAAGGUGCAUUAAAGAGAUCACGUGGUGGAAUCUAGAAUCAAAGUGUAUGUAGUCCAGGUGGUCUCAUAGUAUGUUUUUAAAACCAUAUUUGAAUAUCACUUUUUGACAGGAUGGGUGAAAACUUUUGUUCAAACAAGCUUUCUGGAGUCUUGACGAAUACACAAAACACUCUUAAAAUCUUAAUUCAGAAGCAGAAGCGAUAAAAAUCAGCCUUCUAAAUUCAUACACUUUGGGAUAAGCCCACCUGCAUAUUAUACUCAAUUAGAUAGCUGCUCGAAAACUGCUAUACAAUGCAAACAGCUGACAGGCUGAAAUUUCAGCCUACGAACUUAAAACGGAAAGGGCCCCAAUGUUAGAAUUUAAGAUACAAUUUUAUCGAAUCACUAUGGAGAUUUAUUCAGAUGUAUGAAUCUGAAUUACCCACCUAUAGUGCUGCGAAGCUUAUCAAAAUUAUUUGUUGAUAAGCAGAGAUGUGUUGUGUCCGCACAAAUCUAACAUUGUGACGGUGAUGUACGGCACAAACAGAACAUGUAUUUUAUUACUAUCUUUGGUAUAUGUUCAACCGUUUACAAUUGUUGAAUAAUACCACACAAUAACACGCAAUGCGGGGAGAGGACGGCUGGUCCUUCUCGCGCCGCGAUCCUCACUGAGGACGUCACAGGAUGACAGCCCUGCUGUCAACAGUGAGCCCUCAGGAUGAGGCAGCGGUCUGUCCACAACAAGAUGUUCAGCCGUACACUCAAGAUAUCACAGUUCAUUUGAACUGUCGCGCAAAAAUGGUUUUUCAAAAUACCGUUGCACCCUCUCAAUUCGUUGAAUUGUUGAAUUUAUCAGCCGUACCGGCGAACUCGUUCGACGAGAAAUAUUCGUCGCUCAUGAGUGGACAGGGUUGUACCACUAGGUUGGCCAGUACAAAAUCAAUACGGAUUUCUAAUUUUUGAUCUAGAGGGCUAUGAAAUGAGUGAAAAUGAGCGUCGUGGCGAACGUUCCCAGGAAUGAACGAGUUCGCCGGUACGGCUGUAUAAUGAACAUGAAUUUCCCUAAGGAGUUGAUGUUCCUCAGAUAAUUGAGAGACAUGUUACCGUUCCGUAUGACGAGAAUAUAUUGAGCAGUAGAGUAAAGAAUGGAGACCCCUGUGUUAAUCUUCUAGACCAGUGAUCGGCAAAAUAUGGCUCGCCGGCGGCUCAUUUCCUUUUAUCAUUAAAUAUUUUUAUUAAUUUUUAUUGACCGACAACGGUUGUUGAGCCAAAAAAAGAAAAGUAAAUGUGCUGCGUAGAAAUUGUGAAGAAAUUCGGCGUAGGAAUUAGCGUAGGAAUUAGUGUAGGAAUUAGAGCAGGAAUUAGAGUAGCAAAAUUAAUAGAAUUUGUACAGUGAUUAUUGAUAAUGCAACAUACGCGCUCACAGGAAGCGCAGCGGGUCAACCUUCUUUUCUAAGAAUUUCUUCUACGAUUUUUUUUAUCAAUAUCGUUUCGAAACUUAAAGUAUCACCGAGGAGAAGAAACAAAGAAAGGGAAAAAAUGAGCAAAAACGCGAUAAUCUCUAAUGAUAAAACUUCGUGUACCCGUAGAAACUGAGCAAGGCCUAUAUAAGCAACGUUGAAGUAACGAGUCUUAAUGUCGUGUUUUGGGGUCAAUGUAGCCAGUAGGCUCAAAGUAAAAAACAUACUGAAUGUCGAGCAAGUUGUACUAGCAAGAGAGGAAUAGCAACUAACGCCACCGAGUAUCACGUAUGUGUAUCUACCCUCUGUGUGAGCCUCUCGCGAGCAACCGCAUAAGAUGUCCAAUAUUGUAGACUUGAUAAAACUGGCCAACUUGAUGGCCCUAGCUGACAGCGACGAUGAGGACGAGGAUGUAUUUAGAUCAAAUUCAAUGACGCCCUUCCAUAUGCUUGUCGCUAUAAACCGGAUGCAUCGUCAAAGAAAUUCAAGUGACCAUCGCACGGCUGCCAGAUCCAGACUGUCGUACAAUGCGAGCGAACGGUGCUGCUGUAAUUGCCACCACUCGAAUGCUGGCAACAGCACCAAUGGACGACAAAUGGUUGUAUAUCAAACAGCUGACGAUAAUACUGACGAGCCGUGUUCGUCGGCCCACCGCCGUUCCAACCGCCAGCCCUCUUUAAAGUAUGUACUGUCACCGAAUUCGACCGAUCACCGUAGCAUGGUACCGUCAAAGAAUGCAAUCCAACUGGUCAGCAGUGAUGGCAGAAUCGUCAACAGCAGCCCAAAAAAAUUUAUUGAAGAGUCACAUGAAAAACAUGAUAAUUUUGAUGCACGAUUCGGUUAUUCACCCAUUUUUGGGUCUUUCGGUUUCAACAUGACCAUGUCAAGCUCGGAGAGAACAACACGAAAGAUUAUUAUGUUUAAUUAACAUGGCUUUGCGUAGGGGGACGUAUGUAAAGAUGGACAUUAGUCACAAUUUAAAAUUGCUCAAAGGCAACUGUUAUAAAAAUGCAACACGAGAGAAGUCGAGCCGCGUUUAAAUGAUAUUGUUGUGGUCCGAUCAGACUUAGCCUUUCUGUCCACCUGGGUGUGCCACUCACCGACAGCAGUCGACGGCUGUCGUAUGAUGUGUGCGUGAAAGGAUAAAUAAAGUUUUUAUAUGUUAUGUCGAUGCAAAGUGAA